CAGAGCAGGGCCUUAGCAAGCAACCUGGAGGGCUCCAGCAAGUCGUGGUGUCUCCAGCCACUGGCUGGGACCUCUGGGGAAUGAGGCAGCAUUAAAAGCAAGAUACUAAACGUUGCUCCUGGAGGCGGGGUGUCUCCUUGAGGAGGAAGCUCUGCUGGGCUUGUACCAGUGGAGAAGGGCUCCUCUGAGUAUCCUCUGGAGAAGCUGCACUAUGGAGCUGAGGUCUGGCGAGGCAUCGGGGAAGGCCAAAGAAAGGGAGAAAGGAAAGAGAGCCCACAGAGACUCCUCACGAGAGGUACUGGAAUGGAGGGAGUCCUUCGACCAGCUCCUCAAGAGUAAAAGUGGGGUGACCGCCUUCCACACCUUCUUGAAGACAGAGUUCAGUGAGGAGAACCUGGACUUCUGGCUGGCCUGCGAGGACUUCAAAAAAACCAGGUCAAAAACCAAGCUGGCCUCCAAGGCCAACAGGAUCUUUGAGGAGUUUGUCCAAAACGAGGCACCCAGGGAGGUGAACAUAGACCACGAAACCAGGGAGCUCACCCGGAAGAACCUGACGGGAGCCACCUCCGCCUGCUUCAACGAAGCCCAAGCCAAGACCCGCACCCUGAUGGAGAAGGACUCCUACCCCCGGUUCCUCAAGUCUGCCUCCUACCAGGACAUGACCAAGCAGGCCACCAGCCGUGGCAUCAGCAAGCGGUCCCAUACCUGACCCCAGCUCCAAUUCGCUGUGGGGGGACGAGCUGGGGGACCAGGCAGGGAGACAGUUUGCAAGGGCUGAGGUCCACGCCGUGGGGUUUCGGCUGAAGUCCUGGCAUUGUAGAGGGAUCCCCAGAAGCUCAGCUGCUUCCUGCUUCCCACCGAGCUGCUGGGAUGAGAGGUCCUCCUUCCCUGGGAGAGCAGAGCAGGUGGGAACCCGACGCAUCCCCUGGGAGCACGGCUGGAGAGCAGCACCACCACAGGGACAGAAAGAAGUGGGAUUUGCGUUGCCAUCCCUGGAAAAAGAGACUGGAUUCCCCUGAGCCUCUGUAACCAGGGAGCUCCUGCCCCUGACCUGCAGCAUCAGGCUCUGGAGCUCCCUCAGAGCAGGGAAACCCCCCCAGACCUGCUGCAGGGCUUUUGCUAUGAAGCAACGUCCAGAAUAAGAGUUCAAAGACUACAAGGCAUUUUCAGCUGGAGGGACCCUGUGCCUGCCUUCUCCUGAUCCCAAGAUCCUGCUUCCACCCUUCCCACACACACACACACUCUGCAGCAAAGCUUGGCACCUUCUCCCAGCUCAGCACGUCCCUCUCAGUGACGUUUUUAUCCCUUGCUUAAACUACUCGACCUUUAGAUUGCACCUAAUCUUAGGUCACGUGCACAACUUUUUAAUACUUCAUUGUUAUUUAUUUUAUCAUUAUUAUUUUAUAUAUAUAUAUAUUUAUUAGGAGAGCACUGCUGAGAGCAUACACAUGCCCCUUGCUCCGAGGAGCUUGUAAAUGAAAUCAUUUUAGAUAUUGUAGCCCCUAGCAUGUGUCCCCCCUUUUUCUGUCUGAUAACAUAGGAGAGAGGAGUGGAUGGAUCUGCAACGUGAGCGUGGGUCUGGGAGCAGCAAGAGCUGCAGCCCUGCAGGGCUGCUGGAGGCAGCUGGUUUCCCGUGAGCUGGGAGAAUGGCUGAUGGCAGCAAAAGGCUGUUUUGUGGCCCACGCUGGUUCCUUUUUCCCCCAAAACAGAGUUUUGUGGACAUCAUCUUGGCACGCAGCCUCCUGCCUCGUCCUAGACAGAGAACAGUGAGGUGAAACCUGUGCUUUGGUGAGGGAUCCUGCCGAAGCUUCUUUUUGAAAGCUGUGGGAGAGAAAACCUGGGGAUUUCCACCUGGUUUAAGGCUGGGUUUGGUGUGUUGUGCCCUUGGCUGGCACAACCCCUCUGUAGCCACGACACUUCACCAGGAGCCUGGGGAGCCAAGCGACCAUCCACGUGUGCCUGGAAUUCAGUGUCCUGGGGGGUGGCAGGACCUUCCAUCAGCUCAGUCUUGUGGGGCCAGCUCUGUGGAAAAGCCCCUCUGGGCAGGGAUAUCUGGGUCCUGCAGCCACCCCAGAGAGCUGCGAGUCCCAUCUGGCAGCACUGGUGCCAGCAGCUGGGUGGGUGGGCAAGGGGGAGAUCCUGGCUGUCCUGUGCUGGCCCUUGGGCCACGUGCCCCCAGCUUUGUUUCCCACUGGGGCUGCCAUGUGUAGCUUAUCCCUAAAGACCAAACCUGGGGGACCUUAUCCCACUGGUGCUCACUCCUUGCUGUGGGAACCAUCUUUUAUCCCACCCCAGCCCUGGCUGGAGAAGAGGAUUUGUUGGGCUUUUUGUGGCUGUUUGAGCAGAGCAAGGGGCUGAGGACCAGCUUGGGGACCUCAUUCUGAGUCUUCUUCCACUCUCCCCACCCUGGUUCUGCCUCUGAGCCUCGGUGGGUCCUGGCUGCAUUUACAGGAAGGUUUUUAGCUGUUUUCUUAUUUAUUAUUUAUUUUUACAACUGGAACCACCUUUGUUGUGUUACUGAAGUGAAUGAUGCACAGUGAACCGUUCUCAUUCCCAGCACAAUAUUGUCAUCAUAAAAUAAAACAUA